UACGCAUUGGUGCAGUGAUCAUAGCUGGGCGCAAAAUGGAGCCAUUGUGGUCUCCAUCCAAUAUGGAGCGUAUCUACGCAGUAAAUUGCCCGAUCACAUGAGCCCAUACAAGAUAGUUGCGGAUGCCGGUACCGAGUCACUGUUGUGGUGCUGUCUUUCAGUGUCAGUAGUCUAGCAGAAGCUACUCCGCACCCACUAUCUACAUGAUAUCCGUCAAGUGAUGGCCUGAUCGUCAAUAAUCCUGCCUACCGGUUCAUGCGACCAAUGACAGACUAAUCCGGUUUUUGGUGGUAUUUGGUGGGACUCCAUCCGGGAUGUCUCUUUUGCCUAGUACUAGAGUACGGGUUUCAGGUGGGUUUUGGCACUGCGUGUGCGAGGAGCAAAAUACUACUCCGUACACUGUACCAUCAUAUCUCAGUCUGUGGAGUUGGAACCCGGGCACUGGUCACUCGCCGUCCGAGGCAAAAGCAUGGCGGCCUGAAACUGUCUCCAAGCGGAUCUACUCCCAAAGCAUGCCUCUUUUACUAUCGGGGUCGGGGGUCGUCAAAGCGUCGAUGGCAGCUGAGCACUGGGGCGGAUCUGGGACGCAUCACAAGACCCCCGGCAGUCGGAUGUAUCACAGUACGUCUAGAGCUCUGAGCUUUGGGUGGCUUUUUCGGAAUAUGAGAAAUGAGGCUGUCAUCCGAACAAGCAGUGUGGCGUGCCUGAUGGUCAAAGUCUGGCCAAAACGAGCCAUUAUGAGCAGGUUCCGAAACCAAAAGUAUAAAAGCAACUAACGACGUUGAGAGUUGGGACAUGAGAUCGGCAAGCAAGAGACUAUCUAGAUAGUCAUUGACGGUUGAAUGGGGAGGGUAAGCGCUGGGCAGAAAGCACUAGUAAGCGAGGAUGGGGGAGGACUCGAGUUACUAAACGCCC